CAGUCCCCCGAAGUUGACCAAGCGAAUCCCCACAACUAAGUGCAAGACAAAAAAAAACUCCAAAUUCCAACUUCUCUUCUCUACUAAUCCCUGGAUGCUCUCUCUAUAAAGGCCAAACUCACAAACCAUACCCUAACAAAUUGACCUUAUUUUGCAACAAAAUUCAAUUUUGAGCACUAACCAGCACCACUUCCAAUGGCUUCAAAUCAUGAAGAAGUGAUACUUUUGGGCAAGUGGGCCAGCCCAUUUAGCAACAGAGUAGACCUUGCUCUCAAGCUCAAGGGAGUUCCCUACAAAUACUCCGAGGAAGAUCUUGCUAACAAGAGUGCUGAUCUUCUCAGGUACAACCCCGUGCACAAGAAGGUUCCGGUUUUGGUCCACAAUGGGAACCCAUUACCCGAGUCACUUAUCAUUGUUGAAUACAUCGAUGAGACAUGGAAAAAUAAUCCCCUCUUGCCUCGAGACCCUUAUGAGAGAGCCCUGGCUCGUUUCUGGUCUAAGACCUUAGAUGACAAGAUCUUGCCUGCUAUAUGGAAUGCUUGCUGGAGUGAUGAGAAUGGACGUGAGAAAGCAGUGGAGGAAGCCUUGGAAGCAUUGAAAAUCCUGCAGGAAGCACUGAAAGACAAGAAAUUUUUUGGAGGAGAGAGCAUAGGAUUGGUAGACAUUGCUGCCAAUUUCAUUGGGUAUUGGGUUGCCAUAUUGCAAGAGAUUGCAGGGUUGGAGUUGCUCACCAUUGAGAAAUUUCCCAAGUUAUAUAAAUGGAGUCAAGAGUUUAUCAAUCACCCUGUGAUCAAGGAGGGCCUGCCUCCUAGAGAUGAAUUGUUUGCUUUCUUCCAAGCUUCUGCUAAAAAGUAGAGUCGUUUUAGAGGUAGGAUUCCUAAUAAGUUAGCAUGAUUUUGUUGGGAAAUAAUGAUAAUCUUGUUGUGAGUAAAAGAUUGUUCUGUUUUAAAUUUAAUUGACUGUGGUAUUGGUUGAGGGUAUUGGCUAUUUUAAUUUUAACUAUAAAAAACUGGUGUUCUGUGUUGUUGCCUGAUUUCUCAACUAAAUUGAACCAAGCUAAGAAGUUGCCCGAAUGGGUGUGCAAUAUAGGAUUUUGGUGCAAGAGGAAUGAGUGUUGUGCUUAAACCUUUCUUCAUUAUUAAUGUUCCUAUCUCCCCCAUCUCUGGUGUCUGGUGGGAAUAAGACACAAGUCAAACAUCAUUAGAUAUUGUAUCUGCUCUUUCAUGAUCAUUUAUGAUUGUUCACAAAAGGUUUCUCCAAGGAUGAGAAAACACUAGGUGAAUACAUUGUCCACUAAGUUCCCAAUACAUUCUCUUAAUAGACAAUAAUUUCAUGAUUU